AUGUCGCUCUCUCGCCGAGACGAAUUUCUCUCAAGCGAGGAAAUCGCUCUUCCAGGGCACGUUACUGGGUUGCGUAAUGCCCGCGAUAUCUUUGGGGUCGACGUCCAGGUCGGAGACGAAGUGUCUACUCUGAUUUUCAACACAGGGGUUCCGUUUACAUUGGUCUUUGCGCCAGGAUUUCAAUGCUCAGACCAAGACGGGAACAAGUAUACUACGGAUACGUGCCCGUUCACUGCCCAUGAUACCGCCAGUUUCUCUGGUGGCAAGAUAAACGGCCCGAUUCUGAAUAUCACCUACGGAGAUGGGACUGGUGCUUCAGGGCCACGAGGUUACGAGAAAGUCGGCUUAGCUGGUAUUCAUAUUAACCGACAGGAGAUAGCCAUCUGCGACCACGCUGUAGAACAGAAUUGGACGACAAAGCCAUUAGGUGGUUACGCGGGGUUUUCAUUUCCAAACACCGAUACUCAAGAGCUAAAGGCGAACUACUCAUACACACCGUGGAUUUUCACUGCUUAUGAACAAGGCCUGAUUCAUCCACCCGUUUUCUCUGUCGCCCUAAAUCCCGUUUACAAGGACUCAGUCGACUUUGCAAGUAAUGGCGCGCUAGCUAUUGGAGGCCUGCCACCCAAUGUACCAACUACUGGAUCGUGGGCGAUUACACCAGUGAUUAGCGAUUUUGCGGAUGGGGUAAUACGAUACUGGACCAUCAUACCGGAUGGCUUUACAGUCAAGUCCAAAGAGUCAGCAUUUCUACAACCGGUGCGUUUUGAUUGCCUAUAA